AUGGCCCUGCCGCUGUGCCUGCAGCUGAAGGCCGCGCUGGCCCGCGGCUGCCUGCACUGCCAUGGCAACUUCUUGGCGUUCUUCACCCGCCAUCACAUGAACCUCAAGUCCUGGUAGGGGGACGACAUCCCCGUGUCGGUGCUGCUCACCGACUGGAGCCAGGACAUAAUGAAGGCGCUGCACUUGGCCAUCCCCGCGAUCGCCCGGGAAAAGCUGAACCAAGUGGCAAACACCGUGUACCAGAAGCUGGAUCAGCUGUACCUGGGGAAGAUGUAUUUCCCGGGGGUAUUUCCCCAAGGAGCUUCACGCAUCUUCUGGGAGCGGGUGCACCGCAUCCAGAACGCCACCGUUGAAAGCCGCAUUGAUUGUCAGCAUCACUGUGGUUGCCGGUGCAGUGGAACACAGCUGUGCAGGGCUUCCUCCUUUACAUGUGGAGAUGGGAGAGGAAGUACUGAGACACCUGUUUCUCUCUGCAGCCUGAUAUCACCAAGCUUCAUGGGUCUAGAGCCCCCACACCUCAUCAACCUGACACUGGACAAUGCUUCUGAGUGCUGACACAGCGCCGAUAGCCAUCGGGCCCACUGGACCCACCCCAGCUGCAGUGUGGGGCCAGGGCUCAGCUGGGCUGUCCCAGCCUGACUCUGGAGCAGGCUUGCUGCUUUCUGGGGGUCCCUGCACAAGCCCCUCAGAGCCCAGGCAGGGCCAGGGCUGGGAGGAGGGGAAGGGGGGUGGAUUGUAUACAGCAGAUGCUGGGUGGGAUCAGAACUAUAUGAUGGAUGAUUAAAUGUCCCUGACACUUCUCCUCAUGGAGCAGUCCCUGUAGGGGCAGGGAGAACCAUGUGAGGCCCGAGCAAGACCCAUCCGGUCAUGGGCACAGGGUCCAAAGGUCCGUCCCCACAGCAAUUUGAUUGUGAUGUGCCAGAGCGUACCUGGGCAGGCGCACCCGGAAAGGAGCCUGGGAGCGAGAUGGUUCUGAUGAUUCAAAGGGAGACGGCAGUCUAGUGAGACAGGGUUGGCUUCAGUGUAUCAUGGGGCUCAGGUCAUCAGGUCAUGUGGGGCUGAACCUCAGUCCAAGGAACCCUACAGCACUGCUUCGAAAACACUCCACAUGGAUUGUGAUCCAGGCUGUAUAGCUGUUCCAAGACGGGAGGGCGGCUCUGAAAUGCUGCCCUGAGGUACCUUUUCUGCCUGUCAGUCUGUCCUGAGCAGGCACUCCUUUCUCGGCCUGGGUGCUGCUUCCCUGACUUCCUCCUCCAGCUCCUUCUUGUUCUUGUGUCUGGAGGGGGAGAGUGGGGGUUGAGUCACAGACCUUUUGAGGACCCCACACAUGCUGCACAGCUUCCUACUGAAGUUUCCCUGACAGAAUGCUUGCCACAUUUUCACCUGUGUGUUUAUCCGGUAGGAUUUAAACAAAACAGCAUGAGAGGCUCAGGUGAUAUUUGGAUAGACUGUUAAAUAAUGGAGUCAUGGGACGUCUUCAAUAAACACAGGGAGGGGUGUGUGCCAGGAGCAGGGCUGGCUGAUCACCAGGAUCCUGGUCACCCCGUCACUGCUAUUUCUACAUUGGCCUUUGCCUUUCCAGCCCGAGGGCAAUGCAAGGGGUUGGUGUGCUACAUGAUGCACUUUUCCCCACUGAGAAGUGGAAAGGGCUGCUGGCUGACGGUGGUAGAGGCAGGACUGGCGAGGCCUUUCUCCCCACUGGUGCUCCAAGUGGGGUUUAAUGUGGGGCUGAUCUCCACCCCCCUACACUAGGAGAUUCCAGUUGUGAUUGAUUUGGGCUCUGUCCACUGACCCAGCCUGACCGGAUUUGAGUCACCCUGUCCAUGCGUUGUCAGGAAAAGCCAGUGGCAAUGUGGUGAAUUAACAGCAGCAGGGCUUUCCUUCUAGCAUCUGCUCCCGCCACUCACCCAGCACACCUCUUACCAGUGCGGUUUCUGGGAAAGGGAGGGUGAUGGCCACUGUGUGGUGU